UCACUGAGUUCACAUCACUGACCCUCAUCAUGUCCUGCCUGGUAGUAACUAUCAUUGCUCACCUGGGUGUGAUACAAUCUGCUCUGAAGGUCUCAGGAACUGAAUUGGAUCUAACGAUCAAGCCAGGGAAUAAUGUUACUCUCUACUGUGACUGCAUUUGGACCCAAGGUGCACAAACAUAUUGGUAUAGAAACUGUUCACAUUAUAGGCAACCUUCAUUUGUGAUGUCAACCCAAGAAGCAAUUAGGGAUAUAAACAAGCUCUCCACCUAUGAAUUUAAAUGGAACACCACUAGCCAGUCCCAUGAUCUACUAAUCAAGAACAUCACUGAGUCUGAUCUGGGGUUGUACUACUGUUCUGUUGCUAUGACGAAAGUGAUUGACACAACUGUAAAUCAUCAGAAAGUCACAAACGGAAUAAUUCAAAAGAAAGUCUCUUAUUCUUAUGGAAACAUCACCUACAAGUUGUCCUUUGAAGAUGCUGCUUCUUUCCCUGCACCUACCUGUCCUCCUCCCCCUGAUGGUGGUCAGCGCUGGUCACUGCUGGUCAUCUUGUAUCCUGUGUGUACUCUACUCUCUGCCCUCAUCUUCUCCACCUGUGUGUACGGCCUCUGCUGUAAGACCGCACCUGUGGAACCUGGUGAGCAUCUGAAAAAGAGAGACACUCAAAGAAGAGAACAGGAUGAAUGCACAGGACAGUGUUGUGCUCCAUUGGAUAUAGCAACCAAAGUAUCCAAAAUAAAACAACAGAAGAAACGGCAUACAAAAUUGGACUUAAGUACCUACUCUGAGUGUGUUCCUACAGAAUGCAAAACUGCAUAGGCCUAAUGGGACUUUGACCACUGUGAUGCACUUAUAUGAGAGGCAAUGGCUAAAUCUUGAUGUCCCCCAUCUAAGCCCUGAACCCUCAAAGACGUAACUGACAUCUGUUGAUAAGUGAUUGAGUUUGAGAGACUGUAAGGGUUCAGACUGCUGAUAACAGGAAUGGGACAGCACCUGUGACAGUGACCUAUCGUAAAUUGACGAUACCAAAAAAUGUUUCUGUUUCUGUUUCCUUUUUAUGGCAGUUGUUUACUGAUGUUUUUUCAAGCUUCCAGCCUCCCUUUCAGUAACUCUGUGUUUCAUGUCACAAUGCUAUGAAUUGUCUGUUGCAUGUCUGUUAGUCUGUGAGGGUGGACUUUGAUAUUUACCGACUAUAUGAUCAGCUAUUACAGUAAGUUUAGUUAAGACAAGAUCAUAGUGUCCUUUUACAGUACACAGAAAUGUGUCUUACUUUACAGGUAUAACAGCAACAUCUACAAAAUCCAUUUCCAUUUUUUUUAAAUCUCUUUUGGAAAAUUCAUGUUUUUAUGUGAAAAAAGUAUGUCAGUGUUAAUGCCACCUUAAGUGAUUUGAUUUCUGUGAAGUAUGAAAGACCAGUAUCUUGUGUAUCACAGCAUAUAUCUGUUAGCUGUACUAAAGACAUGGAUACUGUCUGGCUCUUUCGUCCAGUUCUUUCUGGUAUACUGCAUUGCUUAGCAUUUCAAAAUAAAUAUUAAUGCUCUUUCUG